UGUUGUCUCCCUGCAGGUGCGAGCGGCCGCCUGCCCAGGGCAGCGCCGAUGUUCAGUUCGUAAGCGCGGCGUGCCUUGCCCACCACCCGUCUAAAUCAUGGUGAUCAUGUCAGAGUAUACCUCCGUGCCCGCUCCGAGUCAAGCCCAGCAACGGCCGCUGCGAGUUGGAUUUUAUGAUAUUGAGAGGACCUUGGGGAAAGGCAAUUUCGCGGUGGUUAAGCUGGCCAGGCACAGAGUAACCAAAACACGGGUUGCAAUAAAAAUAAUAGACAAAACGAGGUUAGACCCCAGCAAUCUGGAGAAGAUUUAUAGAGAAGUUCAGAUAAUGAAGCUUUUGAAUCACCCCAACAUUAUCAAGCUAUAUCAGGUUAUGGAGACAAAAGAUAUGCUUUACAUUGUUACUGAGUUCGCAAAGAAUGGAGAAAUGUUUGAUCAUCUGACCUCCAAUGGGCACUUGAGUGAAAAUGAAGCACGGAAGAAGUUUUGGCAGAUCCUUUCAGCAGUGGAAUAUUGUCACAGCCACCAUAUAGUGCAUAGGGAUCUCAAAACAGAGAACCUUCUGCUAGAUGCUAACAUGAAUAUCAAGUUAGCAGACUUUGGCUUUGGAAAUUUCUACAAAUCAGGAGAGCCUCUCUCCACUUGGUGUGGAAGCCCACCUUAUGCAGCUCCAGAAGUUUUUGAAGGCAAGGAGUAUGAAGGACCCCACCUUGAUAUAUGGAGCCUUGGGGUGGUGCUGUAUGUCCUUGUCUGUGGUUCUCUGCCUUUUGAUGGACCCAAUUUACCAACUCUGAGGCAAAGAGUGCUGGAGGGGCGGUUCCGCAUCCCUUACUUCAUGUCCGAAGAUUGUGAAACACUAAUCCGACGGAUGUUGGUCGUGGACCCAACCAAGCGAAUAACCAUUUCCCAAAUAAAGCAGCACAAGUGGAUGCAAGCUGACCCGUCUCUCCAACAACAGCAGUCUUUGUCCUUCUCCAUGCAAAACUACAAUUCCAACCUGGGUGACUACAACGAGCAGGUCCUUGGAAUCAUGCAAACACUUGGCAUUGACAGGCAGAGAACUGUUGAGUCUCUACAAAACAGCAGCUACAACCAUUUUGCUGCAAUUUAUUACCUGCUCUUGGAGCGCCUUAAGGAGUAUCGAAGCAGCCAGCUGUCGAGUCGUCCAGCAACUGGCCGUCAACAAAGGCCGAGGAGCUCUGACAUCAGCAAUGUUGAGAUGCCUCAGGAUGGUCUCACUAGUGAAACCCUGCGAUCAUCUCUGCUUUACCAGCAACCUCAAAGUCUAAUUCAGCCACCCUUGCAGGCAGAAAUGGACUGUGACAUGAACAAUCCAUUACAGCCUAUGUUCUUUCCUGUGGAUCCCAACUUCAACGGACUUUUCCGGAACCGAUCCAUUUCCCCCAACAGCCUGCUGGAAACCACCAUUAGUGAAGAAGUAAGGCAAGAGAAGGAGUUGGAGGAUGAAAUUAAGGCGUACGACCCCAUCCGUAUCCCUAACAACACCAGCAGGAGGCACACACUGGCUGAAGUCACCACUCAUUUCUAUCAGCAUGCCCCUCCAUGUAUAGUCAUUUCCUCUUCAGCAAGCCCCACAGAGGGAACUAGUUCAGACAGCUGCCUUACUUCAUCUUCAAAUGACAGCUCAGUGGCCCUGAGCAGUUGUUUGACAGGUCAAGUAAUGAUGGGGAGCCCAGCUACAGCUAGGGUGACGUCACCCUUCCUAGCUUCCCAGUCUGACGCUCCGGUGUUACAAGCCCAGGGCUGCAUGGGAGGUGCUUCUCUCCUGCCUGUCAGCUUCCAGGAAGGAAGGCGAGCAUCUGAUACCUCAUUAACUCAAGGCUUGAAGGCUUUUAGGCAGCAGCUGCGGAAGAACGCUCGAGCCAAGGGGUUUCUCGGCUUGAAUAAAAUCAAAGGCUUUGCUCGGCAGGUGUGUCAGUCCUCCUCAUCUCGGGCAGCAAGGAGUGCCAUGAGCCCUUUCCAACACACUCAGCCGAACACCUGCAUGUACAGCAGUGGCUGGAGCAGCAGAGAAGGAAGAAGCCUCUUGGAAGAGGUGCUACAGCAGCAGAGAAUGCUCCAGCUCCAGCAUCACCAGCUACUCCAGCCAGCUUGUCCCCAGACAUCUGUAACAAAUGGCAUCCCCUCCUCUGAUAGUACAGGCACCUGGAAAACAUCCAAUUCGCUUCUGUUGUCAGAGCUACAAAGAGAGAACUCAUUUGAGCUGGCCUUUGGUGGCAACGGCCAACUGCUUCGACCCCAUUUCUUUGGUGUAAGUGUGUCACCAGUGUCCUCAGCAGCUCACCUUCUAGACACUCACCUGUAUAUCAGCAGCAAUGUUUCUCCAGUCAGCGCCACCUUCUCUCAGCAACAGAGUUUCUCUGCGCAGUCUCCAAGCUAUGAUGCUGUCACUUUGCAGCAUGGGGACUGUGAAAUGGAGGACCUGACUUCCAGCCAGCUAGGGAAAUUUGUCCUGGUCAAAUGAGAGCUCUGGCUGCUACACUUCCCGCUGCUCUUUUUGCAAAGAACUUUCACCACCGUUCCAUGGCAUGUGUGGGUCCCUGGCUGGCUGGUGUGGACAAGUGACUCUCAGAAGCAAUAAAUUUUGAAGUAUGUGAAGAGGCCGUCUGUCUCAGAAAGCUAGCAACUUUAUAGAACUGAAACAAGCAAUAUGUAUGUCUUUUUGCUUCUACUACUCUUGCACUGAACAAAUAUGAAUAGAAACUGAUUUUUUUUUUUAACAAAAAAAUAAUGAUGGGGAAGAUGGGUGGGGCUUUUGUGGGGACAGGGAGGGAUGUGGUUGGGGAGGAACUCUUCGGUACUGUACUCAAGUCAAGACCAAUACAGCUCUGCUGUUAUGCAAGAUUAGCAGCUUUCAGUAGUGGUGACACAGCAGGGAGAGGCUUUUCAAAGAAGGGACCAGAGCCUCCCCUUUUCACAAUAUUCAUUUAUGGGUUUGUGAAGAUGAUUACCUCUUUUAAAGAAAAUAAACAAAAAAACAGUGGCAUGCACCAUUAUGCAUUCAUAGAAGACAAAAAUGGAAGCAUUGCCUUUUUUUCUUUUUAGUUAACACUCAUUUUAUUUUAAAGGAACCAACAUCCCCAUCCCACACCUCCCAGAUACUUAUACUUCAUGAAAACUGUGAAUUUCUUGCUUGAUUUGUCAGCUGGAAAAGCUAAAAAAUGUUCUAAUUAGCACAGGAACAAAUAAUCUCCUGAAAAUGUAUCCCUUCAUAUCAGGAUCGAAAUUGCAUAGUGUCUGGUCUUUUGGAGUGUGUGUUUGGGACUGGUGUGUUUUCGUGUACAUAUAUAUAUGUGUGUGUGUAUAUAUAUGUAUAUAGAUAUGCACACACAUGCAUAUAUUUUGUUGGUCUAAAUUAAUCUUUAGGAUUCUUUUUAUAAAUGCUAAAUUUUUUCGUAUUCCUGCAGAGGCACUGAGGAGGGAAGCAUUAGUAUUGGCAGGUUGCUGUGAAGGGUUUUCUUUUUAAAAAGCCCUCCUGGACGUUGCCUGCAAAGAUGUCUGAGAGGUAUUUCUUAGUGCUGCACGUUUUUAUUUCCGCUGCUAAUUAUGUUUUUAUGCAUUUCAUUAUCAGGGUCCAAAUAGAACUGACUCUUGGGGAAAUGUGCAAUAUUGAGGUUAUAAUUAUAUACUGACAAAGACAAAAGGAAUAGUCUAGAACAGAAUUCUACUCUAACAGAGUACAGCUAUUUCUGAACAAAACUGUAUUAAAAGUGAGUAAAACAGCACAAUCUUUGGGUGUUUGUUUUUGGUUGGUUUGUUUUUGGCAUAUUAGCAAAAAUAAGGUUUUGGAUUAGGCAGGUGUUUUUAUGUAUGGUUUUUAAUGCUCUAUAUGUAUAUAAAUAGGAAGCAGAAAACUAUAUAACACUAGUUAUUUUUUAUAUUUUGUAAUAUGCUUAUAUUGUGUUUCUGAUAUAAACCUCCCUGCUAAGGCAGAGCAUGACUCCUAUUAGUGUCAAUAGAGGUUGUGCUUCGGUGUAAAGGGGAGAACAGACCGUGCCCCUACAAAAAUAAAUAGGCUUGGGUGUUCAAACUUUGGAAGCAGGUAAGCAAGCAGUGAGCCAGCUUGGCUGGAAGUUACCGUUUGAAUGUCAGAAAAUAGUUUCUUUCUGUCUUGGUGCUUAAAGGGCCCAUCUCCUGGUGUGACACGGGGUGCCUUCAAGUUACCUUGGCUUCUUGCAACCUGCAGUAUUACGUAUUUGCAAAUAAUAUAGAUAACUGUUUUUUAAAAAAAAAACAACAACAAAAAAGCCAAAGAUUGACCAGGUUAAUUGGUGGGAGGGGGAAGGGUUGAAGAUGUCAUGUGGCUCUGUCUGUGGCUCUCCAUAAACGACCUCUUUAUCUGUGCGUAGUACCUGUGUGUCUAUAUUGGUGCAUCUCCAGCUUGCCACUGCUGCUACGUGGUCUGGAAGCUUCGAAGUGAGAAAAAUUACUUGAAUUGAAUUUCUGAAUGACUGGUGCCUUGCAGCAGAGAAAACACCAAAGUUUCAUGCUAAUUUAUUGCCAUUUUAAAAAAAAAACAUUGUGGGAAGAUGACUAGAGAGGAGGAUGAGAAGAAGCCAACUCAUCAUAAAGCAGCAACUCUGCCUUCAGUUUUGUAAGGGGUAGCACACAUACUUAAAAUGCAGAAUUGUUUCCUCUUCAAUAUUUGUUUGGUUUAAACGCAAUGGAUCAAAAGGCCACAGAUUCUUUUGUUUCCUGUCCUAAGCAAUGACAAGCACUUUACUUUCAUAGUAUUUUUUUUUCCCUUUUCCACUUGCUGUAGAACCUCUUUGGAAUUAUUGCUGGAGCAGAAAGAGGUCAUUUUAAAAAGUUUGUUUGUUUGGAUUUUUUUGUAGAUAUCUUGACAGUGCUGUUUUGCAGACUGCAAUGCAAUAGGGUAUUUAAAGACACUAUGUGAUUGGUUUAAUUAAGAUGUAUAGUUUAUUUUUUAUCAUGACUGAACAAUCAUUUUAUUUCUUAUGUUAAAAUGAGAUGUACACCAAAAUGAUUAGUCAAUGUGUUUUAUUUAAUAUUUAAAUAAAAAAUGUU